AUGCCGUUCAUCGUCACGGCGGGCGUGAGGAAGAGAGACGAUGCCCAGACACGCAAGCUCAUCAGGAGCCAUGUGAUGUUAGGAAAGAACCUGGGCAAAUCUCGACGGGCCAAGCCCAAGGAUCCCCUGCCCCGGGAUGCUGAGCCUAGCUGGGACUCCUCCGGUGGCGGCGAGGCAACAACACAGCAAUCGUCCUCGAUUAUCCCGAAAAAGGUUGGGUCAGAGUGGUCGUUCACCCAGCUGGCAGCCGAAAUCGAGCCGUCUGCAAUCGCGGAUAUCUUGACCUAUUCUUCUCUCGCACGGCAAGCGACUAUUCCAUUGGAGCAAUGCAUUGCUUUCGACAGGAAAGACAGAGUCCUCGUUGGCCCUAUGGCGUCCGAUGCUGCCUUCCUUCAUGCCACUGCGCUGGGAACUCAUGCAUACAUCGAACUAAUGCGAGGACGUGAAGAUCACAAUGCCCUUCAAAUUACCUCACCACACUUCUCCAAGGCGCUCCAGCUUCUCCGCGAGCGACUCGACUCGACAGACGAGGACCUGAAAAUUGCCAAUCCUACCAUGAUGGUGGUCAUUGCUCUUGCACUUCACGCUCGUAUGAUUGGCGACUAUGACACAGCAAAGCAUCACAUGGAAGGCCUUCGCAUGAUGAUCAAUCUCAGAGGAGGAAUCGCCGCCAUUGCUCCUAAGAUCAGGCUGGCAAUGGAAAUCUAUAGAUGCGAUAUAGGGCUAGCGAUCGAAACCGGUGCCAGGCCUACUUUCUUCUCGACUAGCUCUUCUGGUGAGCCCUUCAGGCCAUUUCCAGACCAGAUGUCCGAGUCCAUGCCAAAGUCAAACGGUACGGUGACUUGCUGGCCUUACUCGGAGCAAUUUCUCAGCGCACUCGAUGAAGAGCUGGCUACGGUCUGGAGAGCCAUGAAGGGAUUUUGCCUACAGAUCAACCGCGCGGCCAGGACCAAACGCAAGCUUUCUGAAGAAAUUCUGCCCGAAGCAACUGCUUCGGUCAUGUAUCGCCUUCUCCAUAUGAGCUUUUCGACCGGUUCUCUUGAGGCAGCCAUCCGGCUCGGAUUAUUAGCCUUCUCCUCACAGGUCUUCUUGCAACUGCCGGACUUCAGGGUAAGAAGGACAUCUUUGUCCGCUGCCUACGAAGAGAGUCUUGUUGGUCUCGACAUCCUCGAAGAACAGUGGCCGCCACUAUUGCUUUGGCUUCUUAUAGUCGGUGGUGUUGCAGUGAUCGAUGAACCUGGUAGUGUUUGGCUGAAACUUAGAUUGAAAUCAGCCAUUGAACGAUGUGGAGUUGUCUUAUGGGACGAUUUCCGGGAUAUGAUGGACUCGUUCAUGUGGAUUGGUUUGGUCUUCGAUCAAGCCGCAAAGGGCGUCUUCUACUCUGCGCUAUCUUCAUUAGACACGCUGAGAGUCGGAAGUGCAUCGACUGAUUCACAGGGAUAG